AUGGAACCACCUACGAAACGACCCCGUCUCCCCAUCGCUCCAGAUCUAUCCCAAGGUCCCUACACCUACUCCUUUCCGGCCUCAGACCCAACAGCCGACCAGACCGAAAACAACCCCGAAAACGAGCACGACCAAGUCGACAUCCACACGGCGCGCGCGCAAAACGACCAACGCCUCAAAACACUCUUCGAAAGCAUAUUCGAGAAAUACAGUAGGGAUUUCACGGACAUCGGCGAUGAAAUCGAUCUACAGACUGGGGAGGUUGUUGUGGAUAAUGGGCAUUUGUUGGGGAUGAAGGGGGAGGAUGAUACUGGUGGCAUAGAGGAUGGGCAGAGGGGUGGACAUGAACAUGAGCAUGAACAGGAUGGUGAUGAUUCAGGAGAGUCAGAGACUGAGACUAGUACUGAGCAGGGAGAAGGGGGAGGGGAUUAUGAUCAUGGGAUAUGGUCCUUUACGAAGUCGCAGACUGGGCUGAGGGAUCAUGGGAAUGGCAAUGCAUGGGGAUGGCAAGGACAUGGCGACGACAUGGACGACGAUCAUAAUGAGAACGAUUAUGAUUACGAUGAUGAUGACGAUGAUCGAUCAAGUGUUGAUUCGUUGCUGGACACUGCUAUGAGCGUCGAUGAUCCUACCAAAAAAGAACCAACCGUUGAAGCAUCCCACCCUCUACGUCGCAUCAACCAUGCGAAUAACGACACUCGCAAAUCAGUUGACCCGGUAUGGCGCGUUCCUGAAAUCACUCCGAGAUUCUCGUUCUCAACCCCCCAGCCGCGUCCAAGCAACACCAAACCCACCAUCAACUACAACCCCGCACGCUCUGUAUCACCACCAGGAGCUCGCUCACUGUGGGCUGUUCCGCAGCCCGGAAGGCCUAGAAAAACCAACACUGACGUUCUGAAGGAGAAAAAAGCGAAGAAGGACGUGGAUUUGAAACUGAAAACGAAAACGAGCCCGAAGAAGACUGCUGCCCCCAGCACGAGCAAACCGAAGCAAUUCUCCAGUCCUGCGAAGAAGGGCGAUUGGUCAUUUGCAAUUCAUAGUCAAGGGAGUGGUUCGGAAUCAGACGAUCCGCUACAGGAAGAUUAUCAGCCAUCGCCUAGGCCGAAGAAUGCGUUGAACAUUAGAGGGAAGAGUAUAGGGUCAGUCACACCGAGACGGAAUCAAAUAAGCACGAUUGAUGGGCACGCUGCGGGUUCAAAAUCUCAGACACCAAAACAUCCCAAUGACUUCCCUAACAAUACCCCACAGCAAACCACUUCGACGCCAUCAAAAACCAGACGGCCAAUGACACCCGACGACGUAAGACUGAUCGUAACAAUGCGCUACGUCUACAAGAAGCAAUGGAAACAGAUUCUCGCCUAUUUCCCCGGCCGGCAAGUGAACCAUUUGACAGAGUGGAACAAACGACACUGGACCCAACGUCGCGCUAAUCCGCCUCAACUUUCAAGACCAUGGUCGCCGGAAGAACGUGAUAAGUUAUCUGCGUUCAAGGAUAGAACUGGUUUGGCUUGGAGUGAUAUUCAGAAGAAGUUUCCCGGGAGAUCGUAUGCGGAGAUCGAGUUUGACUUGUUGAGGCUCUGGGUUGGGGAAGAGAUUUGGAAUGAGGGUGGGGAGGAUCAGGAUGGUGAGGCGGGACGGGAUCGGCUGGAUGAUUCGCAGCAGGAUAGUGGCACUGCUUCUGCUGGAGCCAGUCAUCGUGAGCAAGUUGCAACAGCAGUUUCGGAGGAGCCGUCUGAUAGAAGCGGCCAGGUUUACUUGGUAGACGGUGAACAUGAUAUCCUCAGACUGAUUGAAUCAAGCAAGACGACGGCGAAUGCUGACGACUCGAUCGGACCACGUGCACACGAUACUUCACAACCUGAACCGUACCAGGACAAAGGCCCUUCUAAAAAGAGGUCGCAUUUCCAGUCAUCACCACGGAGAACUCUUUCCACUCUCUUUGAAUGA